CCAUGACAAUGGGCAUUAAAUAUCUCCCCCACCUUCCUCUCUCUCUUUUCUCUUUUUCUCUUCUCUUUUCUUCAUCGGUUUUCCUCAGUCCCCUAACACGACUCCACACGACCGGCUCAUUCACGUUCAUCCACACAUACGCCUUAUCCCACACCCUCAAGUCCCUUUCUCAUCUCACCUGAAUCACCAUGCGCGAAGUCAUCUCUCUCCACGUCGGACAGGCUGGUAUCCAGAUUGGUAACGCCUGCUGGGAGCUCUACUGCCUCGAGCACGGCAUCGAGCCUGAUGGCAAGGUUGCCUCCGACAAGAAGGCCUCGCAGUUCGACUCUUCCUCAAGCACCUUCUUCUCUGAGACCGGCGCUGGCAAGCACGUCCCCCGCGCGAUCUUCGUCGACCUUGAAGAGACCGUCGUCGACGAGGUCCGUAACGGCACUUACCGCACCCUUUUCCACCCCGAGCAGAUGAUCAGCGGCAAGGAGGACGCCGCUAACAACUACGCUCGUGGCCACUACACCAUCGGCAAGGAGCUCGUCGACUCUGUCCUCGACCGCGUUCGCAAGCUCGCUGAUGCCUGUACGGGUCUCCAGGGCUUCUUGGUUUUCCACUCCUUUGGCGGUGGUACGGGAUCCGGUUUUGGUGCCCUGCUCCUCGAGCGUCUCUCGGUUGACUAUGGCAAGAAGUCUAAGCUCGAGUUCGCGGUUUACCCCGCCCCCGAGAUGGCCACCUCCGUUGUCGAGCCCUACAACUCGAUCUUGACCACUCACACCACCCUCGAGCACACCGACUGCGCCUUCAUGGUCGACAACGAGGCCAUUUACGAUAUUUGCAAGCGCAACCUCGAUGUCUCCCGCCCAACCUACACCCACUUGAACCGCAUGAUUGCCCAGGUCGUGUCCUCGAUUACGGCUUCGCUCCGCUUUGUCGGCUCCUUGAAUGUGGACUUGACCGAGUUCCAGACCAACUUGGUCCCUUAUCCUCGCAUUCACUUCCCCUUGGUCACCUAUGCGCCCAUCCUUUCUGCCAAGAAGGCAUUCCACGAGCAGCUCUCCGUCAACGAGAUCACGACUGCCUGCUUUGACAUUCAGAACCAGAUGGUCAAGUGCGACCCUCGCCAGGGUAAGUACAUGGCCUGCUGUCUUUUGUACCGCGGCGAUGUCAUUCCCAAGGAUGUCAGUGCCGCCAUUUCCGUCGUCAAGACCAAGAAGACCAUCCAGUUCGUUGACUGGUGCCCCACUGGAUUCAAGGUCGGCAUCAAUGACCAGCCUCCCUCUGUCAUCCCUGGUGGCGAGGUGGCCAAGGUUCAGCGUGCGGUUUGCAUGCUUUCCAAUACAACUGCCAUUGGUGAGGCCUGGUCUCGUCUGGACCAUAAGUUCGAUCUGAUGUACGCCAAGCGUGCUUUCGUGCACUGGUAUGUUGGAGAGGGCAUGGAGGAGGGUGAAUUCUCGGAAGCCCGUGAAGAUCUCGCUGCAUUAGAGAAGGACUAUGAGGAGGUCGCCUCGGAGUCCAUGGAGAACUUGGGCGAGGAUGAGAAUAUUGAGUACUAAGUGGAUUCAUGCCACCGGAACUCCAAUGCCGUCUCCCUAUCUCCGUCCGCUCGACCUGACAUUUUUCAGGAGUUCUGUUCCCAUUUCCCCUCUGGAAUUGAUGCCGGAAGCAUUGAUGAGCGCGUCUCCAGUCUCUUUG